AAAGAACAGUUUUAAACUGCAAUGUCGACUGAAGUUUCUUGUGAUGUGUUGUGAGACUAAGGAGUUUGAAGUACGUGCAGAAUUCACAAUGCCGCCUAUGGCUAAUAGGACGAGUGUGGCAGGGCGCGAGAUGAAGUGGCUGGCGUUGUUCUCUCUCGUGGCGGCGACGGUGCUGCAGCAGCCGGCGCCGCUGGUGCGCACGCGCACCGGCUACGUGCGCGGCCGCGUGGCCCGCGACGGCCGCCUCGUGGAGUACCUGGGGAUCCCUUAUGGGAGCGUCAGCACGGAGAACCGGUUCAAGGCCCCUCUGCCGCCGCCAUCCUGGGACGGCGUGUUCGAGGCGGUGAACACAAACACGCGCUGCCCGCAGACCGUGCUGGGCACCGUCGUCAUCGGCGACCCCGACUGCCUCAAGCUCAACGUGUACGCCCCCGCCCGCGCGCGCGGCAAGCUGCUCCCCGUCAUGGUCUACAUCCACGGCGGCUGCUUCUUCGAGGGCACCGGCUCCGCCUUCCUCUACGGAGCCGACUACUUCGUCGAACACGGAGUCGUCUUCGUUGGCAUCAACUACAGAUUAAACGUCGAAGGGUUCUUGUGUCUGGGAACCGAAGAUGCUCCUGGAAACGCAGGCCUGAAAGACCAAGUAGCUGCCUUGAGAUGGAUCAAAGAUAAUAUAGAAGCGUUCGGAGGAAACCCAGAUAGUGUCACACUGUUUGGAGAAAGCGCGGGCGCUGUUUCUUCCUCGUUUUUAGUACUUUCACAAGCCGCUAGAGGACUCUUCCACAGAGUCAUACUCCAAAGCGGAUCCACGCUUGCACCCUGGGCUUUACAGCACGAUCCUAUAAGGACAGCUAGCUCUCUAGUCAAACAAUUCGGAUAUGAUACCAAAGAUCCUCACGAAAUAUACGAUAUUUUAAGAAAUAAAACCGUAUACGAACUGAUCAAAGCUAAGGCUACCGAUAAUUUAAAUUACGUUUCAUCUGACACGCUCUUCGUGCCUUGCAUUGAGAAGAAUCUACCAGGAGUAGAGCCUUUAAUCACUGAAUACCCUACAAGUGUAAUAGAAUCUGGGAACUACACCAAAGUGCCCAUGAUAAUAGGUUUUAACGACAACGAAGGGAUAUACUUUGUAGCUAAAGAUUACGGAAACAGUCUCAAAUCAAUCGAUCCCAAAGAGAAUUUACAUUUAGAUUUAGAGUUUCCUACAGAAUCUGACAAGAACAACACGGUAGAAAUUAUUAAGAGUCAUUACUUUCCUCCGGAGAAAGACGAACUGAUUCUAGACAUGGUGGAUUUGUAUUCAGAUUUGCACUUUAAGUUUCCUUCAGUGAUCGAGUCGGAUUUGUACACACAGACGACGGAUAAGCCGAUAUACUUCUACCUGUUCAAGUAUGGAGGGUAUCGCAACAUGGCAAAGAUCAUCGUGGGGUACGGGGCGACGGAGGGCGCGUCGCACGCCGACGAGCUGUUCUACCUGUUCAAGCCGCACUCCAUCCCGUUCCCUCACCAGCUGGAGCGCCGUAUGAUCAAGCGCAUGGUCACCCUCUGGACCAACUUCGCCAAAUACGGUGACCCAACACCAACGACGUCACCUCUUUUACCGUUCCGCUGGCGCCCCGGCCGAGCCGGCAACCCCUCAGCUCUGGUCAUCGAUGACCAGCUCUCCACGGCUCGCCUCUGGGACUACGCUACUGUAGACCUGUGGAACCAGACCUACACCAAGUAUAGGAGGAAACUGUAUGGGUUUCAGUAAUCUUCAGCCUUUAGUCGGUCAUGGUCUCUCCACAGUUCGUCUGAUACUUCGCUAUUGUAAUAGGCCUGUGGAACCAGACCUACAGAAACUAUAGAAAGAAACCCAGUAAUCUUCAGCCUUUAUGGUAUCUCCACAGUUCGUCUUUGAUACUACGCUAUUGUAGACCUGUCCAACCAGUCCCACAGCAUGUGUAGGAGGAAACUGUACGGGUUCCAGUAAUCUUUAGUCAUUCGUGGGCAACACCACAAUUCGUUUUUGAUAGUACGCGACUGUAAACCUGUGAAACCAGACCUAGAGCAAGUAUAGGAGGAAGCUCUAUAGGUAUUUACUUGGGUACCAGUAAUCUUCGGCCUUUUGUCAUUCAUACUGACCACAUGCUGACAGCUGAACUGAACUCUCCACAUUCUUCGAUACUGUAGACCUAUGAAACCAGACAUAGGUGUAGUAUUAAGCUUGCUCAACAGCAAACUGGACUGGAGGAAACUAGAAAUUUCAAUAAAUUUCGAUGAUCGGCAGAAGUUUCAA